CAGACGUUGAAGCGCGUGGUCGUCAAAAGUUCUUGCUCCGGAAAAUUCAAGAGGAGUACAGGAAAAUAGCAGUGAACCAACAACAACAAAUUAGAGCAGAGCCCAGCAGCAGCAGCCGUCGACGAAGGAAACUUGACAGACUUUGAUGUGAAACGGAAACGAGGCGGGCGGCGAUAGAUAGUGAGAGACAGAAAGCGACGCCAUAGGGCCAACAGGCAAAAGAAGGGGAAAAUAGUGUGCAAAUUGAUAUUGUCGAGCAGCAUGGAUGAGGAGCACGACGACGAUCAAAUAAUAUGAGAUUAGAUGGGGCUUUAGAGCCCCGGCACCGGCACCGUCACGGUCACGGAGCUGCCAUCCUCAAGGGCCGCUUCCAUGGUGUUGCCCCAUUGAGGCGCGAGACGCGUGAAAAAUGUGAGACAAAGCAAAACCAACAAGCUGACGAAGACGACGAUGCAGCCACAGAUGCUGAGUGCCUGACCAGCAGCAACAACAGCAAAAGGAACACAAUCAGCAGCAGCAACAACUGCCACUGGCCGCUGCCCCCAAGUAAGACAGCAAACAAAGCAAACUUGGACUUCAACGUUGAGGGCAUCUCCACGCCAAGAGCAACAGCCCCAAGAGCUGCAGCCCAGGCCAUUUCUUUGUGCGACGGAAACGUGAAACGCUGCUCCAUUGUCGCCACCCUAAAAAAGCGUGCCCAGCCAUCGUUAAUGCUAAUGGCCGCCACUGUGGGGCCAAAGAACCCCAUUCCGAACCCGAAGAAGAGCAUUAGCAUGGGCAGGAGCGGGAACAGGAGCAGGCGCCAAGGAGGCAUUGGCCUGGCCGUGGAGCGAGGUUGGGCCAGGGAAUGGGAUCUGGGCAUGAGCCGGAACUGGAGCUGGCUUUGGGGCUGUGGAUGGGGAUGGGGCUGGGGCUGGGGCGCUCCCCUCAACACUUUUGUCCUGUGCCUGAUUUCCGUUAUUGCCCUGCUGCCGGCAUUAACGCUGGGCGAUGACGGUGAUAAUUUCUUUGCCGUGAAUGCCUUCAGCGCGGGACCGGAGACGACAACCCCAGAGUUUGAUUAUGCCAGCCGCGGACAGAAGAAGUUUGGGGACAAGUGCGAUAACACCUUGGAGUGCGGUUUCCCCGGCUCGAUAUGCGAUCCCAAGAAGAAGUCCUGCCAGUGUACCGAGGAUCUGGCCGUCACCAAUCACUUUGAUAAAUGUGGCAAAGAGGCCGCCAUCAACGAGUCCUGCUUCUUCAACGAGCAGUGCGAGCAGAAGUACUUUCAGACGGAGUGCCGCGAUGGACGAUGCGCUUGCCGCUUUGAGAUGUCACCCGUUUGGGGCAAGGAUGGCACUGUGGAGUGUGCAGGGCGCCAGGACAAGCGGGGAACCGAGACCUACAUCGAUCCGGCCAUGAUUGGCGUGCUGGUAGGAAUGGCAUUGAUGUUUGUUAUUAUUUGUGUCGUCCUGCGAUUGUUUAGCCAAGCCCGCUGGCAUGAGAACCGGACCAUCUUCAAUACGCCCAAUCCGCGCCUGAUGAACGUCUCGCUGCUGCGUGACAGCAAGCUGCUCCACGGGCAGGAGCGACGUGGAUCCCGUAUGUCGGUGCGCGCCCCAUCUCGGCAGCCCAGCAUGGCCUCGCUGCGUCCGCACUCGCCCAAUCCGUCGCUAGGUAAGACAGGCUCCGACUCGCACGGCAGCGCCAGCAAUGCCUCGGGCACUUCAGUGCGCUCCAAUCGCAGCAAUUCGGUGGCUCCCGGCAAGGUUGCCCAUCAUGAGCGCCACGGAUCCGCCCAUCGGCAGCACCAUCCCCAUGGACACCAGCCGCAGCACCACCACCAGCAGCAGCAGCAGCAUCACCAGCAGCCGCAGUCACCGCAGGAGCAGGCGCUGAUCACCAACAUCACCACCAAUCCGGUGGCCGAGAGCGUGACUGUCGAGAUCAUCGAGCCGGGCCAGAAAUAGGAGGAGCAGUAGGAAGAGGAGGAAUAGUAAGGCAAGCAAUGUAGCAUGGUAUACCAGACCAGACCAGAUUAAUGGCAAACUCUCUGACACGAACACUGAACACGAAUUCGAAUCGUCGAUAUACGAGUAUAUAUACUAUGUACUUAGUCACGAUAUAUGCACGCGAUAAUAAGGCUGGCUCCCCCCCAAACAGGAUACGGGAUGGAUGGGCGGGGGGGCCAGGCCACACACACAUACACACACAUGAUGCCAUUGUUAGACUCUUUUUGACAAAGACAAUUUUUGCAAUUAGUGGAAAAUUUUUUAACCAAACCAAUUAUAUACUUAUUAUACAUAUAUAUAUAUGUAUAUAUAUAUUGUACGAAGCAUAUAACAACUUUUGCUGACACCCUCACACAUACACCCAAAAAAAGAAAGAAAAUGCUAAUGAAUUAAUUACGAUAUAUGCAUAUAUGUAUAGCGAGCAAAGCGUACAUUGAACAGAUAUACGCGACUACACCGUAAACAAAAAUAUUGAAAUAUUGAAAAAAAACUUGCAUAACAAAUUCAUACUACUCUUUUUUUCAACCAAAAAAAAAAAACAACAAAGAAAACCAAUGAAGAAAACUUUAUUAAUUUAUAUAAAAUAUUGUAAUGCAGUUAUACUACAGAUAUCUAAGCUUUGGGUUGAAGGCUUUAAGAAACAAAAAGAAGGAGAAAGACCCACUAGGCAUAGAGAAACCGUAGAGAGACGAGACCCUAAUGUCAGGCAAGAUCUCAGCUCGUAGUGUUCUAGAACCAAUCAAUCUCAAUUGGUGUGACCCCCUUCGCAGUGGGUCAUUGCGGAAUCAUUGCCAAAAACGAUGAAAUGAAUUCGGAAUUAACCAAAAGCAAUUCGCUGAUACAACGCCUUAUAUAUACUCGUAACUAUAGUGACAAGCCGACUCAGAUCGCGACUGAGCCACGCCUCCAAUUGCCGCUCUAGCUCCCACAUAUGGAUGUUAGCCCAAAAUGGAAAUGCUAGGGGUAGGAAAACCAAGAUGAAGAAAUAUUAAACAACCUCGGGACCAUAUUUUAUAAUCAAAAUAUGCGUUUCAUUGCGAAGCACGCACGUUCAGAUUUAAUUUGUUUUCAAAUUUAUUUUCUCAAGAAAAAAACAAACAUCACAUCUCGCUCUAGAGAUGAAGAUACGGCAAAAGCGUACCUAUAUUUUGACCAACUUUUUGCUGGCUGAGCAAAAGUUUUAGGGAACACACAAACACACACUCAACACAAGCACACAAAAUGAUAUUAAGGAUAAUGAACAUAGACAAAGAUUGCUAGCAGUACGCACACACACACGCAUAGAAUACAUAGAAUCUAAAUUGACUUCCAGUCGAAUAAUAUUACAGUUUGACUUAAGUUCUAGAGUCUCUCCCUCCCCUGUAAACAAUUUGUGCUAAAUUUGAUUUAACAGCAAUUUUCUCCACUCUCCACUCACCGAUCGAGAUCGAGGCCAGGGGAACCUGGGAUUGUGCAUUGGGCUAGCCGAGAAUAGGGGAAGAUUUUCGGGUCUGUCCAAUGCGGAGUUCGAAGCGGUGCCCGCUGAAAGAUCUUCAAGUUAUAGCCAUAGUAGAUAUAGUAGUUUGAGAUCGAUAAGGUUUAGUUGUUGCCCCCAGACACCAUGGAAAAACAGAUAACUCUCAUUUGCUUUUGUGCUCAAUCAAAGAAGCUUAACUGUGAGAAUAACAAAACGAAUACAAGAUACAAAUAAAUGUAGAGCAAGAAAAUAAUCUUAAAAUGCUUGAAAACUCUAGCUAAACAAUUAAAUUUAGUGUAACUCUAACGACAAACAACAACAAAAAGAAAACAAAACAAAACCAGAACAAUUUUAUUA